AUGGACUUGGAGAAGGAUGAUUUAGAUGACGACGACUUGGAUGAACUAGGGCAGGAACAUAAAGUGACCGUCCCAAUUUACGUUUGCCUCAUUAUCAUUGCUGGGUAUAUAUCAGGGGGAGCAAUGUUAUUUCAAAUUUGGGAAGAGUGGGAUUACGUGGCUAGCUCAUACUUUUGCUUCAUCACUUUGAGUACUAUAGGAUUUGGAGACAUAGUUCCAGGAACAUACAUGAACAGCUGGGACUCCCAUGAAAAGCUAGUUCUUUGUACACUGUGGUUGGCAUUUGGUCUUUCCCUGCUGGCUAUGUGUUUCAACUUGAUGCAAGAAGGUGUUAAAGAAAAGUGCAGAUUAAUAGGACAAAAGUUAGGACUCUUAAAAAGUGAAAAUGGUUCUAUGUAA